GGGAAAAGCUUCAGUCGGAGCUCAGACCUUAUCAGACAUCAGAGAAUCCACACAAGGGAGACGCCCCACGCAUGCGCGGAGUGCGGGAAAAGCUUCAGUCAGAGCUCACACCUUAUCACACAUCAGAGAAUCCACACAGGAGAGACGCCCUACACAUGCGCGGAGUGCGGGAAAAGCUUCAGUCUGCGCUCAAACCUUAUCAGACAUCAGAGAAUCCACACAGGGGAGACGCCCUACACGUGCUCUGAGUGUGGGAAAAGCUUCAGUUGGAGCUCAGACCUUAUCAGACAUUGUAGAAUCCACACAGGAGAGAUGCCCUACACAUGCGCGGAGUGCGGGAAAAGCUUCAGUCGGAGCUCACACCUUAUCACACAUCAGAGAAUCCACACAGGAGAGAAGCCCUACACAUGCGCGGAGUGCGGGAAAAGCUUCAGUCGGAGCUCACACCUUAUAUCACAUCAGAGAAUCCACACAGGGGAGACGCCCUACACGUGCUCUGAGUGUGGGAAAAGCUUCAGUCGGAGCUCAGACCUUAUCAGACAUUGUAGAAUCCACACAGGAGAGACACCCUACACAUGCGCUGCGUGUGGGAAAAGCUUUAGUCAGAGCUCAGACCUUAUCAGACAUAGGAAAAUGCACAUGGGUGAGAAACCUUAUGAAUGCACUGAGUGUGGGAAAAGCUUUAGUCAGAGCUCAGACCUUAUCACACAUCGGAGAAUCCACGCAGGAGAGAAGCUCCUCACAUGCGCUGAGUGUGGGAAAAGCUUUACUACACAUGCUCUGGAGUGCGGGAAAAGCUUCAGUCACCGCUCAAACCUUAUCACACAUCAGAGAAUCCACACAGGAGAGAUGCCCUACACGUGCACUGAGUGCGGGAAAAGCUUCAAUCAGUGCUCACACCUUAUCACACAUCAGAGAAUCCACACCGGGGAGACGCCCUACACGUGCACUGAGUGCGGGAAAAGC